UUUGUUUCGGCCCAGCGUUUUAUCAUUUAGUCUUUUUUCUUUUAUACCAGUAUAAACACUAUUUUAAAGUAAUAUGGCAGACGAAGAAGAUCCAUGGGGUUUCGACGAUGGCGGCGAUGAACAGGCGGCAUCUUCCGCCCCAGCCACCGAUGCUCCACCCUCCAAGGCACCCAGUGUAGCACCUUCUGACCACAAGUCCGACAGCGUAAUCGUGGGUGGAACCCCGGCCAAUGAGGAGGCUGCCCCUGUCGAGGAAGAAGCCCCAUUACCUCCUCCACCUCCGCCAGAAGAUGAUGGUUACAGGAAACCAGUGCAAUUGUACCGGCACUGGGUUAGGCCCAAAUUUCUCCAAUACAAAUAUAUGUACAACUACAGAACCAAUUAUUAUGAUGAUGUAAUUGACUAUAUUGAUAAAAAACAAACUGGAGUGUCGCGUGAAAUACCAAGACCACAGACGUGGGCGGAGCGUGUCCUUCGUACACGAAAUAUCAGUGGCAGUGGCAUUGACUCGUAUGCUCCAUCGGCAAAGAGGGACAAGCAAUUAAUCCAAACAUUGGCGGCCUCCAUAAGAACUUAUAAUUACCACACCAAGGCAUACAUUAACCAAAGGUAUGCCAGUGUCCUUUAGUAAGCGUAAGAUACGCACUUUAAUUUAAUAAUAGAAUCCUUAAAAAGAUGAACACUCGUAGUUAAUAGAGAUAUUAUAUUAGGCGUUUGUAUAUCUGCGCAUCUCCGCCUCAACUUUUAACCUUAAAAAUAAGAGGUUAAUAGUUUCAGGUACCUCUCUUCAAAAAGAAAUAAUUAUAUUUUGUAUAUUUCUUACAAGCGUAAUUUCUGUUAAUAUAUUUUUAUAUAUAUUUACAUAUAUUAACACAACUUACCUCUCAAUACAUGGUAUUUUUUAAGAUUAUUUACUUCGUUUCUAGUCAAGUGAAUAAAUUAAAAAACUAAUUUAUAUU